ACGCUGGUAGCCAAAUAUAGUCGACUACUAGUUGAUGCUGCGCAAGAAGACGUCCCGCGAGCCAGCAGGGCCGAUCAAGUCGCGGCGCAAGGUCGUCGUCGACGUCUCGCUCUGCCGGUACGCCAUCAUCAAGCGCUGCCUCAAAGCCCGUGACUUUCGACUUGUGCGGGAGAAGAACGCGAAUGCUGCGUGGGACAUUUGGUGGUCGGACCGCGGCGAGCUCCUCAAAGACGCCCGGCGCCUCCACGCGUUCCAGAAGGUCAACCACUUUCCGUCUAUGGAGGACAUUUGCCGCAAGGAUUUCCUGGCAACGCACUUAAAUGCCAUGCGCAAGGCUCUGCCCGACGCCUACGACUACUACCCGCGCUCGUUUCUGCUGCCUGCCGAUCGCAUCGACCUCCAACAGGCCAUGGAGCACGACGCGCGGGGCGCCACGUACAUCAUCAAGCCGCGCACGCUGUGCCAAGGCAAAGGCAUCAAACUCGUCCAGAGUUUUGCAAAAAUCCCCGUCACCGAACCCUGUGUCGCCCAGCGUUACGUGGCCAAUCCACUGCUCAUUGACGGCUUCAAGUUUGACUUGCGCAUCUACGUACUCGUCACGAGCGUCGACCCGCUUCGCGUCCACAUCUUCCGCAACGGCCUCGCUCGGUUUUGUACGACGCCGUUCGAACGGCCGACCAAAGCGAAUUUGAGCGCCACACGCAUGCAUUUGACCAACUACGCCAUCAACAAGAAGGCCAAGGAGUUUGUGAAAUCGGCGGAUGAAACCAAGGGCAGCAAGCGGAGCCUGGCGUUUGUGAUGGCGUAUAUCGCGCGCCACGGCCUCGAUCCGAGUGCCGUCUGGGCCGAGAUGUGCGACAUCAUUCUCAAGACGCUCCUGGCGAUCCAACCGCGCUUGCAAGCCAGCUACCGCAACUUCUUUGGUGCCGAUGCCGCCAAAGGUCGGACCGAGUGGGGGCCCGCGGCGUUCGAGAUCCUCGGGUUUGAUAUUAUGCUCGACGACAAGGGGAAAUCGUGGCUCUUUGAAGUCAAUCACGCACCGAGCUUUGCAGGCGAGGCCAAGUUGGACCGCGAGAUCAAGACGCCGCUCAUCGAGCAAGCGCUGGACCUGAUCAACGUCACCAAUAAGCGCAAGCGGAUCUUCUUGGCGCGCAACCGACGAGCUUGGAAGGAGCGUCUCUGGAAUGCAGCGCUGCCGACCAAAGCUGCGGCCGAGACCAAACCCGAGACCACAUCCGAGACCAGUGUUGCGCCCGAAAGUGUGCCCGAGGUCGACGACGCGGCCACCGGUGAGGACGUCGAGAACAACGACGAGGUGGACGAAGCGGACGAGGCGGAAGACGACGACGAAGUUGAGCGUGACGAGACACGGUCUUCUGCCAAGCGACCGUGGAAGUCCUCCAACCGCGUGCACCCUUCGAUUGGCAACAACCAAGACGAUGCGGACACCUCCCAAGUCGAGUCGGUCGAGUUUACCAACGUGUAUGAGCUCAUUUACCCUCCGAAAGACGCUGUGCUCCAAGCGACGUACAACAAGAUCCUCACGGCCGCAGAAACCAACCGCUCCAAGCUAUGGGGCUGAGCUGCCAAUAAGAUUCCCUAACGGUUUUCGAGAUAGAUGCGGAGAAAAUAUUUGCACUUGUGCACGCAA